UUUUAUCAAAUAAACUCUCAUAAUAGAACACUACAAAAAACAAAUCACUUAUACACGAUUAGCCAUUGGUCACGUCAGUCGGCCUCCGACCCCGCCUGCCCCGCGCCUUGGAGCUUUCGUCGGUUUAUCACCUCGGGAUUGUUUUCUUCUUUCUCGCGGACCACAUUACAAAACAAUCCCCUCUCAAUCUCCUACUUUAAUAUCUACCCAUUCCCACAACCUCAAAAUGACCGAUCAAGAGAAAGGAACCAAGCGCUUCGAGCCCAAGGUGCCUGUUCAGCUCGAUCCCCCCAAGGAUGACCCCAUUACCGUGGAAGAAUUGUCCAAGUGUGACGGAUCCGACCCUAGCCGUCCUACGUUGGUCGCAAUCAAGGGAAUUGUCUUCGAUGUGAGCAAGAACAGUGCAUACGGCGCAAGUGGUUCAUACAAAGUCUUCGCCGGAAAGGACCCCUCGCGAGCUCUUGCUUGCUCGUCCCUCAAGCCCGAGGACUGCAGACCCGACUGGUAUGAUUUGGGCGACAAGGAAAAGACAGUUCUGGAGGAAUGGUUUACCUUCUUCAGCAAGCGAUACAACAUUGUCGGAAAAGUGAAGGAUGCUACCAACUACUAAGGUGAGAAAGAAAGAAGAAAAAACC